AUGUCGCAAUUCAAAUUCGCCAACUCCAAUGAAAAAGUUCCCGGUGACGGUACCCCUCCCGCGGAGUUUGCAAUCAAAGCCCCUCCUUCGACCGAUAUCUGGUCGAAGCCGCCGUCCAGCAUCCGCUUUACAGCUCCCAUCCUCUACCAGUCGGUGCCGCUGGAGUCAUUCAAGCGGGCGCGCGCGGCCUUCAACGCCCAGUGGCAAAAGAAGUACGACCAGGGCGGUCUCAUUAUUGUCCUCAACGCCACCGACGGAUCCCAGAAGUGGGUCAAGACUGGUAUUGAGCUCACCCACGGCCGACCGCAUCUCAGUGUUGUCACCAAGGACCGCUGGGCCGACUGGGGCUUGCUGCCAGUCCCGUCGGGUGGUGCUGCGGCGACGCUGGAACUCGUCCGCGAGCAGGACAACAGCCUCUGGAUCUACUUGAAGUCACCCAUCCGCGAAGUCACUUGGGUUUUUGAGGAGCAGAACGUGCAAGACUGCUGGGUUGGCGUUUAUGCUGCGCGACCAUCUAGUGAGGGAGGCGAGCUCUUUGUCAAUUUUGGCCAUUUGGUCAUUGAUCUGGCAUAG